AUUAAUUGAACAAAGUUUCUAUGCAUUACAGAAAAUUUUAAAAUAGUAGACUAGUUUUGACGAUCAUGUCCGAGUGCAAAGAAAAGCCAACAACUCUUGUACUUGAAGAUGGAUCAAAAUAUAAUGGCUUUUCUUUUGGUGAAGAAGCGGAUGUAGCUGGUGAAAUUGUAUUUCAGACUGGAAUGGUUGGAUAUCCAGAAUCUCUUACUGAUCCUUCCUAUAGAAGACAGGUUUUGGUUCUUACCUAUCCACUUAUUGGUAACUAUGGAAUUCCAGCAGAUGAUGAUAUAGAUGAAUAUGGACUUUCGAAGUGGUUUGAAUCACAAAAAAUACAUGUUGCUGCUCUCGUUGUUGGUGAGUGCUGUGAAAAGUACAGCCAUUGGUCUGCCAGGCAAUCGUUGUCCAAUUGGCUAAAAAAGCAGGGAAUCCCAGGUAUAAUGGGCAUUGAUACAAGGCAGCUCACGAAACACAUUCGGUCACAAGGCACAAUGCUUUGUAAAGUGUUAAAAGGUAAUGCUAGUAUUGAAGACAGUGAACGAUUGCCAUUUUUGGAUCCGAACAAAAUCAAUCUUGUCGCUGAGGUUUCGUCAAACGCCCCAGUUACUUAUAAUCCAGAAGGAGAUGUCCAUAUUAUUGCAGUAGAUUGUGGAAUAAAGUAUAACCAAAUAAGAUGCUUUUGUAGGAGAGGAGCAAAAGUUACAGUUGUGCCGUGGGAUUUCAAUUUUCAGCAAUUAGAUCAUGAUGGACUUUUUCUCAGCAACGGCCCUGGGAAUCCGGAAACAUGUUUGCCGACUAUCGAAUAUAUCAAAACGUCUGUACAACUCAAGAAGCCGAAACCAAUUUUUGGAAUUUGUCUCGGACAUCAGCUACUCGCUCUUGCAAUAAAUGCUCAAACAAGAAAAAUGAAAUACGGAAACCGUGGUCACAAUCAACCUUGCAAGCUUGAGGGAACAAACAGGUGUUUUAUAACAUCGCAAAACCAUGGAUUCGCUGUGGAUGCAACUACACUUCCGGAUGACUGGUCUGUUCUCUUUACAAAUGCAAAUGAUAACUCAAACGAAGGUAUUGUUCACAAAACUUUGCCCUUCUUCAGUUGUCAAUUUCACCCUGAGCACAUGGCUGGUCCGGAAGAUCUUGAAGUGCUAUUUGAUGUAUUUUUAGAGAAAGUGAGAUUGAACAAAGCUGGAGAAAGUGACUCCAAAUCUAUGUAUGAAUCCAUACAUUCCUCUAUUGUAAGUAACAUUCCGCAACCAGUCACAGAAAAGCCACCACAAAAAGUUCUGAUUCUCGGUUCUGGAGGUUUGAGCAUAGGCCAGGCAGGCGAAUUUGAUUAUUCUGGUUCGCAAGCAAUCAAGGCCUUACGAGAGGAAAACAUUAGAACUGUUUUGAUCAACCCCAAUAUUGCCACAGUACAAACGACAAAAGGCCUAGCUGAUAAAGUAUAUUUCUUGCCGAUUACUCCUCAAUAUGUCGACCAGGUUAUAAAAAGUGAAAGACCAGAUGGUAUAUUACUAACUUUUGGUGGACAAACCGGUUUAAAUUGUGGCGUUGAAUUGCAAAAAAGUGGGAUUUUGAAAGAAUAUAAUGUUAAAGUUCUUGGCACGCCUGUUUCUUCUAUUGAAAUGACAGAAGAUAGAAAAGUGUUUGCUGAUAAAAUGCUUGAAAUUGGAGAGAAAGUCGCUCCGAGCGAUGCAGCAUAUAAUCUAGAAGCUGCAAGAAAGAUCGCAAAGAAGCUUGGUUAUCCUGUACUCGUCAGAUCUGCUUAUGCUCUGGGAUUAGGUUCUGGAUUUGCAAAUGAUGAAAGUGAACUUGACAAAAUUGUGCAAGCAGCGUUUGCUCAAUCUCAAGUGUUUAUUGAUAAAUCUUUGAAAGGUUGGAAAGAAGUAGAAUAUGAAGUAGUACGAGAUGCUUAUGACAACUGUAUCACAGUUUGCAACAUGGAAAAUGUCGAUCCUCUCGGCAUUCACACUGGGGAAUCGAUUGUUGUAGCACCUACAACUCUAACAAAUAAGGACUACAAUAGACUUCGGACUACAGCAAUCAAGUGCAUUCGUCACCUCGGUGUCAUUGGCGAAUGCAAUAUCCAAUAUGCAGUGAAUCCUGAAUCUGAUGAAUUUUAUAUCAUUGAAGUGAACGCCAGACUUUCAAGAAGUUCAGCCUUAGCUAGCAAAGCAACCGGCUACCCAUUGGCCUAUGUGGCUGCCAAACUUGCCUUGGGAAAAUCUUUACUUGAGCUUCGUAACAACGUAACUGAGCAAACUACAGCGAAUUUUGAGCCGAGUUUAGAUUACUGUGUUGUCAAAAAUUCCAAGAUGGGUUUGAGAAAAUUCCAUAGAGUUAGCACUAAGAUAGGAAGCAGCAUGAAGAGUGUCGGUGAGGUAAUGGCGAUUGGACGAUGUUUCGAAGAAGCAAUUCAAAAAGCACUGAGAAUGGUUUGCCGAGAUUGGAAUGGAUUUUCAUAUGAUCUUGCAGAAGUUAGUGACGAUGAUUUAUCUACACCGACAGAUAAAAGGAUUUUUGUGCUCGCUGCUGCACUCAGAGCUGAAUAUAGCAUAGAUAAGUUAUAUGACUUGACUAAAAUCGAUAGAUGGUUUUUGCACAAAUUUCAAAAUAUCAUUAACAUGACAAGGGUUCUUGAAGGUUACAAGUACGUUGCAUCUCUGCACGAUGAUUUUCAACCAGUACCAAAAGAAAUACUACUUCGAGCAAAACAGUUAGGAUUUUCUGACAAGCAAAUAGCUGUUGCAAACAAAUCAACAGAAACUUCAUACAAAAAUGUCGUAAAGAGUAUAAUAUCUCCGCAUGUGAAAUGUAUUGAUACUUUGGCCGCAGAAUGGCCAGCAGUUACAAAUUAUCUCUAUUUGACAUAUAAUGCGAAUGAAAGUGAUACCGAUUUUCUGGGUGGUCAUAUCAUGGUAAUUGGUUCCGGUGUAUAUCGCAUAGGUAGCAGUGUGGAAUUUGAUUGGUGUGCUGUACAAUGUAUCACUGAACUGCGAAAAACUGGGAUAUAAAACAAUCAGUUGAAUUGCAAUCCUGAGACUGUAAGCACUGAUUAUGAUGUUUGUGACAAGCUAUAUUUUGAGGAAAUCACACUUGAAAUUGUGAUGGAUAUCUAUGAAAAAGAGCAGCCGGAGGGUGUCAUCCUUAGCAUGGGAGGUCAAUUGCCAAACAAUAUUGCAAUGGGGCUUCACAGACAGCAAGUAAGAAUUUUGGGAUCAUCUGCUGAAUCAAUCGACAAUGCUGAAAAUCGAUUUAAAUUUUCGAGAAUGCUGGACAAUGUCAAUAUUAGUCAGCCACAAUGGAAAGAGUUGACAACAGCUUCCUCUGCAGAAGAGUUUUGUGAUCUUGUGGGAUAUCCUUGCCUUGUAAGACCGUCCUAUGUUCUCAGUGGUGCUUCCAUGUCUGUUAUUCACUCACCUAACGAACUGAAAGAAUAUCUUAUAAAUGCGGGCCAGGUUUCUAAAGAACAUCCGGUAGUAAUAUCUAAAUUUAUUUUGGAAGCCAAAGAAAUAGACGUAGAUGCUGUUGCCAAAGAUGGAGAAGUGAUUGCAAUGGCAGUUUCAGAACACGUAGAAAAUGCUGGCGUGCAUUCUGGUGAUGCAACAUUGGUCACACCACCUCAGGAUUUGAACCGAGCAACUCUAGAAAAGAUUGAUCAAAUCGUCUGUGCCAUUGGUAUUGAGCUCGAAGUGAAUGGCCCUUUCAAUUUGCAACUCAUAGCAAAGGAUAAUGAGUUGAAAGUUAUUGAGUGUAAUGUUCGUGUAUCAAGGUCAUUUCCUUUUGUAUCUAAGACUCUGAAUUAUGAUUUUGUUGCAGCUGCAACUAAAGUAAUGGUGAAUCACCCAGUUGAAACUGUAGGUUGUGUACUGGAGGCAGAAAGAGUUGGUGUGAAAGUUCCUCAAUUCUCUUUUGCUAGAUUAGGUGGCGCUGAUGUGACUGGUGUUGAAAUGGCAUCUACAGGUGAAGUUGCAUGUUUUGGAAGCAGCAGAGAGUCUUAUUUAAAAGCGCUGCAGAGCACUGGAUUCCGAAUGCCAAAGAAAAAUAUUUUCUUGUCAAUUGGAAGUUACAAACACAAAGCUGAACUUCUACCAUCAGUCCGAUUAUUGCAUAGAAUGGGGUAAUGCCUUUUUGGUAGCCUUGGUACUGCUGUUUACACUGAACAUGGAAUUGAAAUUAAAUCAGUUGAUUGGCCUUUUGAUGAAGCAAGUGUCAGAGGUAGUUCUGACCAGCAGCUGUCAAUAAUGGACCGUUUAGCUGACAACCAAUUUGAUCUUGUAAUUAAUUUACCCAUGCGAAAUGGCGGUUCAAGGCGCAUUUCAUCGUUCAUGACGCAUGGAUAUCGUGCUCGUAGAAUGGCCGUCGAAUAUUCUAUUCCUCUAAUAACGGAUGUGAAAUGUGCAAAACUGUUUGUUCAAGCUUUGAGAGAUGUUGGUGGGGAACCGAAAGUUCAACCCCGUCUUGACUGCAUCACUUCCCGCAUGUUAAUUAAACUUCCUGGUCUUAUAGAUGUGCACGUCCACGUACGAGAACCUGGUCAGACUCAUAAGGAAGAAUAUUCAACUUGUACAGCAAGUGCUUUGGCUGGUGGAAUCACCAUGAUCUUAGCAAUGCCUAAUACCAGUCCUGCAGUGAUUAAUGAAGAAACCAUAAAACUUACCAAGAGCCUUGCCGAAGCUGGUGCGCGAUGUGACUAUGGAAUUUACAUGGGAGCAGCGAAAGAAAAUGCCUUGGAUGCCGCGAGUGCAAGUGAAUAUGCAAUCGCCCUUAAAAUGUAUUUGAAUGACACUUUUACUACGCUAAAAAUGGAUAACAUGACAUACUGGAUAAAGCAUUUUGAAGCAUGGCCUAAAAAUCUUCCGAGCGUUCAUGCUGAAAGGCAAACAAUGGCUGCUGUAUUGUGGUUAGUGGAACUGUACACAAGGCCUGUGCAUUUUUGUCAUGUUGCUCGCGCAGAAGAAAUACAGAUGCUUCGUUUGGCUAAAGAUCGUGGUUUACCCAUUACUUGCGAGGCUGCACCACACCACUUAUUCCUGACUGAGGAUGACCUGGACACCAUAGGUCAUGGACGAGGUCGUGUUUGUCCAUCACUCGGCACAAAAGCAGAUCAGGAUGCGUUAUGGGAAAAUUUGGACAUUAUUGACUGUUUCGCGACGGAUCAUGCUCCACAUGCAGUUUCUGAAAAGGAUAGACAGCAACCAUUGCCACCACCUGGAUUCCCUGGGCUUGAAACUAUGCUACCGCUCCUGCUAAAUGCAGUAAAUGAAGGGCGAUUAACCCUUGAAGACUUAUUUUUACGAUUGCACACUAAUCCAAUGAAAAUUUUCAACUUGGCUCCACAACCCAAUACCUAUGUUGAAGUAGACAUGAAUGAAGAAUGGAUCAUACCAUCUGAGAUGCCGUUCACUAGAUCUAAAUGGACACCAUUUGCUGGUAUUAAAGUGAGAGGUGCCGUUAAGAGGGUGGUCUUGCGUGGAGAGGUUGCAUAUAUUGAUGGUAAGGUCCUUUUACGUCCAGGUUCUGGCAUGGAUGUUAAAAAGACUACUCCCACCCCAGUGGUUUCAAAUGUACAGAAAACUACAGCCUUAAAGGUUUCUGUUCCAGAAAUGCCUUUUACUACUCAGCAAAUUAGCCCCAGGCCUGGUACUUCUGAAGGGCAACUCGGAUUACCACCUAAAGUACAUAGAGUAUCAGAACCACCUAGUGGCCUACCAAUACCACAUUUUGGACCAGUCGGUGAUGCAGGUUCUGGUUUAUUGAUGACAAAGAGAAUUGAAAGUGACAAAGGUAUGACACCUCAAAAUGCAAAUGUGCUUAGGGGAGCUAUAUUGGGAAGUGGAGGAAUAUCGGGUAAUUUGGAAGGUAAACUUCAUCCUCAACAUGGUUUGGUUGGUUCUGAUGUAUUGAAGGUUUCCCAAUUCACCAAAGAACAACUUCACCAUUUAUUCAAUGUGGCUCAUGCUCUUCGUAACAUGGUACAAAGAGAGAAAUAUCUUGGAAACAUUCUAAGCGGACGAGUUAUGGCAUCUUUGUUUUACGAAGCCAGCACGAGAACAAUGUGCUCUUUUCAUGCUGCAAUGCAUCGCUUAGGUGGAUCCGUUAUUGCAAUGAACAAAGCGUCAUCAUCUGUGUUAAAAGGUGAAUCUUUAACCGAUUCUGUGCAAGUCAUGUCUGGUUACUCUGACAUUAUUGUGUUGCGCCAUCCAGAACCAGGAGCUGUAGAAAGAGUUGCAAGGCACGUCAGAAAACCUGUCAUCAGCGGGGGAGAUGGAGUUGGAGAACACCCUACUCAAGCUUUGCUCGAUGUCUUCACUAUUCGAGAAGAACUUGGAACAGUCAAUGGAAUGACUAUAACCAUAGUUGGAGAUUUGAAGAAUGGUCGGACUGUUCAUUCACUUGCUCGUUUGCUAACUUUGUAUCGUGUCAGUCUUCGCUAUAUUUCACCAGAAUCAUUGGAAAUGCCAAAAGACACUUGCGACUACGUCACAUCCAGAGGAAUUCCACAACGUGUUUAUUCGUCUCUUGAAGAAGCUUUGCCUGAUACUGAUGUUCUGUACAUGACUAGGAUUCAAAAAGAACGUUUUCAGUCGAACGAAGCAUAUGAAAAAGCAGUCGGAAAAUUUGUGCUCACUCCACAUUUGAUGACAAAAGCCAAGCAAAACAUGGUGGUCAUGCACCCACUACCAAGACUUGGUGAGAUCAAAGAAUCUGUUGACAGUGAUCCUAGAGCUGCUUACUUCCGCCAGGCCGAGUGUGGACUGUAUAUCAGAAUGGCAUUGUUGUGCAUGGUUCUUGGAAAGUAUUGAUUGUAAAUCUUUUGAUAAACCUGACAUUUUUACCAUUGUGUCUCUUCACUUGCUUCUUUCUGUAAAUAUUACGUCUUUUUGUUGCUAAUGUUUGAAUUUGUAAGAUGAGUUGUGAUAAUCAUUAAAAAGAUUGAUUGUGAACAAAUUUGAAAUCUAAUGUAACCAUUUUUUGAUCAAUCAUACUCGAAGGCAAUCAUGAUAAUGUCAUAUGAUAUUUCAUCUUCGUUUGUGUUUCUUAUGCGGAAUUUUAUAACUCUUCACCUUUUACAUGGUUAUGAUCAUUUUGACCUAGUUUGUGUAUUUCUGCCAUUUUCAAGUCUUCUGCAAUGGAACAAAAUAAUUGCCAUAUUUUGACAUUGAUUUUCUGUGGAAAUUACACAAGUGUUAUAUCUUUUUUAAUGUUUACAUUGUAACCGCUAAUCCAAAUGCGGUAGAGCAUCCAAAAAGUUAAACUAUAUGUAUCUACUGAAUGUCAUAAAUGCCAAAACUGAAAUUUUAUUUGAGCUGUAACCAAAAAAUACAUUCCAACCACAAAAUAUUAAUAUCUGUACUUAUAAAGACAAACUAAAUGUGUGGACCCUUAAACUUUACUUCUUUUAUUACGGCCUUUGUGUAAACAGUCUAUCCUCAAAUUUGAAAUUUCAUGACAAUCAAAAAUACCAAAACUGUGUGCCUAGUUCAAGUGUAAACAUUACAUAAAGAUAAUUUGGUAAUAUCUCAUCUCUGCGAAUUUGUUCCCCAAUCAUAUCAUUACCAUCUUUUACUCCCAUUAUUUCAAAAUAUUUACCUGAAUGAUAAUUGGACGAAAUCAAAUCAUCAACGGAAAUAAUGAAAGCGAAUGCUGCCUCGCACCAUAUGGUACUUAAUAUUUCAUUACAUUAUGUUUAAAAGUGUAAUAUUGCUUUUGCAUCAAAUACUGAAUUGCCAUGUCCAAAACUUUUCUCAUAUUUCAAUUUUUUCCACCUGCCAUGACCAAAAUAGUGUAGAAAUUUCCAUUUCAGUAUGCUGCUUUGUGUUUAAAUUUUUCUCCCAAGGGCAGGCAGCAAAACCGUAAUGAUUGUUUUGAUUCAAGUGGUACAUUAUUGGUAGGAUUAAAAGUAGAAAAUGGUGAUGCAACAAAAUGUUAAAUUUGUUAUUAUUUUCAAUUGAAAGCACAUGAUAUCCAAGCAAAAAUCUGAUCAGGAUCUACCACCUGGCUGAGAAAAGCUGAUAACAUGACAUGAAAACAUUAGUGCAAACCACAAAUUCUGGUCCUAGUCAGCCUUUGGAUUAGUUUAGUAUCCAAUUGAAUGGACUAAACUGGUAUUAUAGAAAUUUUGUGUAAGAAAAUUUUGUUUUUUGAACCAUUUUUUUUGAAUACUCAUCAACAUGAUGGUGAAAAUUAAUGAGCCAAUAAAAGAGUCUUAAUAUGUUACCCAAAUGUGAUAUUAUGUGAAAUACCUUGUUUCAUGACUUGACCAAAUAUUUGCAUUUUGUAGUAGGGUAUUGGUUUCUUAUUAUUGUGUGAAUAAUAUUGAGACAAUAUAUUGGUAAUAUCUUACCAAUGAACGUGAAAUAAGUUUGAAUGUUUUGAUAUUACAUGGAAAAGUUAUCAUUAGGUCCUAUCUGACUCUUAAUGUGAAUCAACACAGACCAGUAUUGCAUUCAUUACAAAUAAUUCUUCCACAAUAGAGCUUUUGCAAUAUUUACGAAUUUUCCACUGCUGCUAUUGCUUCUGCCAAUUUUUCUAUGCUUGCCAACUGUGUGAAUUUGUUAUCAAAUUUUUUUUCUGCAUCUCUUGUCAU